CUUACACACUAGGGUACAAUUUUUUCUUGUUAUGCGAUUGAGAAUUUCUUUUAUCGGAUUUUCUUCGCAUUGUCUCCGUCAUUGCUCCAACAAGAUUUCAAGAAGUAUUACUUCCUCUAUUUCACUCAAAAUUAGUUCUUCUUUACUCAAUAUGUCAGAAGAGCAGUUAAGCAAAAAUGAACUAAAAAGAAGGCUUAAAGCUGAGCAAAAAGCUAAAGAAAAGUUAGAAAAAUUAGCUAUAAAGUCAUCAGAGAGCAGUGACGUGAAACCGAAAUCAGAGGAAGGUGGUGUAGUUGAAGAUGAAGAAAUUCUUGAUCCAAAUCAAUACUAUAAAAUUCGUCAACAAUCAGUUGCAACAUGGAAAAAAAAAGGAGAAAAUCCUUAUCCUCACAAAUUUCAUGUUUCAAUAUCAUUAACUGAAUUUAUUGAAAAGUACACAAAUAUUGAGUCAGGUUCAUGGAGUGAAGAAAAAGUUAGUGUUGCAGGAAGAAUUCAUGCUAAGCGUAUUUCUGGUCCUAAAUUAAUUUUUUAUGAUCUUCGUGGUGAAGGAGUUAAAAUUCAAAUCAUGGCUGAUCACAAAUCUUCUGAACAAGAUUUUGCUGCAAUUCAUGGUAAACUUAGAAGAGGAGAUAUUGUUGGGGUUACUGGACGCCCAGGAAAAUCAAAAAAAGGUGAACUAAGUAUACAGCCAACAAAUAUUGAACUUCUUUCUCCUUGUUUGCAUAUGCUUCCUCAUUUGCAUUUUGGAUUAAAAGACAAGGAAACUCGAUUUCGACAGAGAUAUUUAGAUAUUAUUUUAAAUGAACAAGUCAGACAAAAGUUUUAUACACGAAGUCGAAUAAUAAAUUAUGUUAGGAAAUAUCUUGAUCAGUUGGGUUUUUUAGAGAUAGAAACUCCUAUGAUGAACAUGAUACCUGGUGGAGCAACAGCUAAACCUUUUAUUACACAUCACAAUGACUUAAAUAUGGAUUUGUUUCUUCGCGUUGCCCCUGAGCUGUACCAUAAAAUGCUUGUUGUAGGAGGAAUUGACAGAGUUUACGAAAUAGGGCGUCAAUUCCGUAAUGAAGGAAUAGAUAUGACUCAUAAUCCUGAAUUUACAACAUGUGAAUUUUAUAUGGCAUAUGCUGAUUAUAAUGAUGUUAUUGAAAUUACUGAAAAGAUGCUCUCAGGUAUGGUUAAAUCACUAUUUGGUACCUAUAAACUUAAGUAUCAUCCUGAGCGUACUGAUGAGGCUGAGGGAGAAGAAUGGGAAAUAGACUUUACACCACCUUUUAGAAGAAUUUCUAUGUUAGCCGAACUUCAAAAGGUUCUAAAUGUAACAUUUCCAAACUUUGAUCUAAACACUGAAGAGGCACGCAAAUAUUUUGAUGAUUUAUGUAUUAAAAAUGGAGUUGAAUGCAGUCCACCGCGUACUGUUUCACGUCUUCUUGAUAAAUUAGUAGGUGAUUAUUUGGAAGUACAUUGUAUUAACCCAACAUUUAUCAUGGAUCAUCCUCAGAUAAUGAGUCCUCUUGCAAAAUGGCAUCGAUCUCAACCAGGUCUAACUGAACGUUUUGAACUAUUUGUAUGUCGAAAAGAAAUUUGCAAUGCUUACACUGAAUUAAAUGACCCUUACAUUCAAAGACAAAUGUUCACAAACCAAGCCAAGGAUAAAGCUGCCGGAGAUGACGAAUCUAUGUUUUAUGAUGAAGGUUUUUGUACUGCAUUAGAAUAUGGAUUACCGCCUACAGCUGGUUGGGGAAUGGGAAUCGAUAGAUUAUGCAUGUUUUUUACUGAUUCUAAUAAUAUAAAGGAGGUGCUAUUUUUUCCUGCUAUGAAACCAGACGACAACAAACGUGAAACUGCUUCGUAAACGUUUAACUUGUCGAUAUAUAAAACAUCACUUAAAACUGUUUCUCGAAAACGUAAAAAAAUAUUUGUUUUAGUAUCUUUUGAGGUAUAGAUACCAAUUAGUGUCACUU